AGUGAUACGGGACUGUGGGCUGUGUUAGGAAAAGCGGGACUGCUGAGCACUCUGCAUUUUAGGGUGACGUUUUAUCUACCCCCCUCAUAGCCUAUCCAAUACCCAUACGGCGCUACCAGGACUAACUAAUAAAACUAACUACUACACAGGUGUAGGGGAAUAAGAUGCUGGUGUCAUAGCAACCGCCCUGUCUUCCGAAGUCUGAAACUCACUGAGAGCAGGGGGGUCGGUAAUCCAAAUGGUCCUUUGAAUACUGUUUUGACUUGGGAAACAAGCUGUACGGAUCAGAGAAGAUGGCAGCUCCCUUUGUUCCUAUUCCUGUCCCAAUAAGCAAUUCAGCUUCGGGCAAUAUGACAAUUAAAAGCCAAAGGAGUUCUUCUCUUGGAAGCACCUCGACAAGUUCAAACUCUUCGAAAGAACCACCUGAUGAACCUAAUCCCGGGACCUACAAAAAAUUGAGUGUGCCUGACCGAAUCAGUUGUUCUUCCUCGGUUUGCACUAGCCCUCUUGUUAGGACUAAGUUUGAUUCUUCAGUUGAGUACUGCACACAGCCAAAUUCAGACGAGUCUGCUUCUGAGUCACUGGAGGAGAGGCCAUCAACUCCAACUAUUUUAGGAUAUGAAGUUAUGGAAGAAAGAGCAAAGUUUACGGUAUACAAGAUUUUGGUAAGAAAAAGCACAGAGGAGAACUGGGUUGUAUUCAGACGCUAUACUGAUUUUUCAAGACUUAAUGACAAGCUGAAAGAAAUGUUUCCAGGCUUCAGGCUUGCACUUCCACCAAAGCGCUGGUUUAAGGAUAAUUAUGAAUAUGACUUCCUGGAAGAGAGACAGUUGGGCCUACAAGCAUUUCUGCAGAACCUGGUGGCUCACAAAGACAUUGCAAACUGUGCACCAGUGAGAUUAUUUCUUUGUUUGGACGACCCCCCUGGUCCAUUUGACAGCCUGGAAGAGAGCAGGGCCUUUUGUGAAACUCUAGAAGAAACAAAUUACAGACUUCAAAGAGAUCUUGUAGAAAAGCAGAAAGAGCUUGAAGCUGUGAAAAAGUUGUUAAAUGAAAAGAAGCAGCAAAUUGAAGUGCUUGAAUCCCAAAUACAACAGAUGACAACAGGAGAAGGGAAGGCACGCAGACUGUCUGGUGAGGAAAGUGAAUGCAGCGGAGAGGUGGAGUCCUCUGCCAUAGAAGCAGACCAAUCCACUGCCACAGACAACUGUUCCGAUAAAGGCAGUCAAGAGAACUGCUGGAGCGAAGCCUUGCAUGCCGACAAUUUACCGGAAAUUGAAGUUGCUGAAUUUGCAGACCCUGAUGAAGUCAUCUGAUGUGAUCAGCUUGUGUUUUUUGUGUCCAACUAUCUGAAGAUUCCACCCUGCACUGUAGUGUCAAUGAAGUGCCCGCCGAGGUGCCAACGCAGGAUCUUUAUGUUCAACAGCUUUCAUAAGGAUAAGGACCCUUAAUCGUUGCUGCUUUGAAAUCAUCAUUUUCUAAGUGGAUAAAGGAGAAACCACAAAGUAGGGUUGUUGACAUGAGAGAAGAGUAAAUGUCAUAAUGAAACUGCUGAAUCCUCACUGAUUCCUUGAGUGGCAAGUGGCAUUAUAUCAAGCACUUUUGAUCAGUUCACAGAUCGAAAUGGUAAUUUCUUAAGUGCCACAAAUUGCAUGCCCCAAAUUGCCAAGACAGUGUUCUUUUCUGUAUGCACAUUAAUAUGUUUUAGGAUGUCUAUGAGCUCCAUUUAUUCCUUAAAGGGGAACUAUCACGAAAAUGUAAUAUACGCUUCAGCAUACUGAAAUAAGAAACGUUCUAAAUACAAUCAAUUGAAAAUUCUGUACCUUUUCUGAAAUAAUCAAGUUUAUCUUCUCUAUCACUCUCUCGGCAUCCGUUUCUCCUCAUUCUGUCUUUAUUCAGGAGUUGGGUGUCAGAUGAAUGAUCAAAUAUAUCUUACAGGAGGGCUCCUUUUGCCUAGAAGAUGUAUUAGAGCUCACUCUAUUAAAAUCACCGGAAAUCCUGUCUCUCUACAUGCAGAAUUUGUGUAAAAGGCAGUUACUUUGUUAGAUUAUGUUUGUACUGUAAUCAGUUAGUUGAGUGAGCUUGAAUUCAUCUGCUAGGAAAGAAAUCCCCCGUAUGCAAUAUAUUGGAUCUAACUGUCAAUAAAUAUCUGACACCCAACUGCUGCAUGAAGACAGAAUGAAGAGAAACCGAUGCGGAGAGAGGAAUAGU